GAAAAAGAGAAGCAAAGUGGUGUGGAUUGGACUUUGGAAUCCAAAACCGUAGGUCGAGCAGCAGAGGGAGGAGCCCACUGCCCCCGGCAUCCCUAUCUUCUUCUCGCUCGCGUGGUUGGUUGGUUGCCCUCUCCGCCAAAGACCCCCCCCCCCCCGCUUGUCGUGGCGCUCUCGUACACGGCCAGCGAGGAAGGUUACCGCUCGGUUUCGUUUCGUACGGGUGAUUGGUAGCGAGUUAAGAGGCGCGGCGGGCGAGCGAACUUGGGCGAGGUGUUCUUGCGGGAAGCUACUAGAAGGAGGGGAGCGGGAGAGGAGUGUGGAGUGUGCCUUCCUUUGCUUGUCCUGGUUGGUUGUCCUCCCGGUCACUACGGGCCAAGGCGACAGGCAAAUCUUGGUCUUGGGCGCGCCGCCGCGAGACCAUUUGGUGCCCGAAUCCUUGUUUGUUUGCGGCGAUUGGACGAGGUUUGCUGCCAUGGAGGCAUCAAGUGUGGCGCAUUGAGGCGCGCGUGCGGGGCGGGGUCGGGCACAUGGAUCUGGAGGGCGCGGGCGGUGCGGCGGCGCCCGGAAAGAGGCAGCGGGAGUCGUGGCGCGCGACGCUGCUGCUCGCGUACCAGAGCCUCGGGGUGGUGUACGGCGAUGUGGCGACGUCUCCACUGUACGUGUACAAGAGCGCCUUCGCCGGCAACGACAUCCAGCACUCGGCUGGCAACGAAGAGAUCUACGGCGUGCUCUCCUUCGUCUUCUGGACGCUGACCCUCAUCACCCUCUUCAAGUACGUGCUCAUCGUGCUCCGCGCGGACGACGGCGGCGAGGGCGGCACCUUCGCGCUCUACUCCCUCAUCUGCCGCCACGUUCGCGCCGGCCUCCUGCCCGGCGGCGGCACCAGAGACGAGCUCAUGGAGGAAGAGAAAGCCACCGGGCGCCGUGGCGAGCGGCCCGUGCCCAGGGUCCGGGCAGUACUGGAGAAGUACAAAGUGCUGCAGAGGCUGUUGCUGCUGUUCGCGCUGCUCGGGACGUGUAUGGUCAUCGGCGACGGCGUGCUCACCCCUGCGGUCUCCGUGUUCUCUGCGGUAUCAGGGCUUGAGUUGUCGACGGAAAAGGAGCAUCACAAAUAUAUAGAACUUCCUGUUGCUUGUGCUAUACUUAUAUGCUUGUUUGCGCUGCAACACUACGGUACACACAAAGUUGGGUUUCUCUUUGCGCCAAUUGUCUGCAUUUGGCUUCUCUGCAUAAGUGCGAUAGGGGUCUACAACAUUGUCCGUUGGAACCACCAUGUGUAUCGAGCCCUUUCGCCAUAUUACAUGUAUCAAUUUCUGAAGAAGACUCAAACAGGUGGCUGGAUGUCACUGGGUGGAAUCCUUCUUUGUGUAACAGGUUCUGAAGCUAUGUAUGCAGAUCUUGGACACUUCUCACAAUCUUCAAUUAAGAUUGCGUUCAUAUCUGUGGUUUAUCCAGCCCUUGUACUGGCUUAUAUGGGACAGGCUGCAUAUAUUUCACAACAUCACAACUUUGAGAGUAGCUAUCAGAUUGGAUUCUAUGUGUCAGUACCAGAAACACUCAGAUGGCCAGUUCUGGUGAUUGCUAUACUAGCAGCUGUAGUUGGGAGUCAAGCAAUUAUUACUGGGACCUUUUCAAUUAUCAAGCAGUGCUCUUCAUUAAGUUGUUUCCCUGGUGUGAAGAUUGUGCACACAUCCUCUACAGUUCAUGGUCAGAUAUACAUACCGGAAAUCAAUUGGAUCCUGAUGAUACUCUGCCUGGCUGUUACUGUUGGCUUCAGAGACACAAAGCACUUGGCUAAUGCACAGGGGUUGGCAGUUAUAACUGUUAUGCUUGUCACCACAUGCUUAAUGUCACUGGUUAUUGUGCUUUGCUGGAACAAGAGUAUCUUCCUUGCCCUUGGUUUCCUGCUUUUCUUUGGCACAAUUGAAGUACUCUACUUCUCAGCUUCCCUUGUCAAGUUUCACGAAGGUGCUUGGGUUCCUAUUACCCUUUCCUUCGUAUUUAUGAUAGUCAUGUCUGUGUGGCACUAUGGCACAAUAAAGAAGUACGAGUUCGAUGUGCAAAACAAGGUUUCAGUAAACUGGCUCUUAAACCUUGGUCCUUCAUUGGGCAUUGUUCGCGUUCGAGGCAUUGGACUGAUACAUACAGAACUUAUGUCCGGAAUUCCAGCUAUUUUCUCCCACUUUGUUACCAAUCUGCCUGCGUUUCACCAGGUACUGGUCUUUCUCUGUGUUAAAUCAGUUCCAGUGCCACAUGUCCAACCUGAAGAACGAUUUCUGGUGGGUCGCAUUGGUCCAAAAGAGUACAGGCUAUACAGGGUCAUUGUCAGAUAUGGAUAUCGUGAUGUGCAGAAGGAUGACCUAGAGUUUGAGAAGGAGCUAGUCAGCAGCAUUGCAGAGUUCAUCCGCAGCAGCGGGGAAUACGACAAGAAUGGCUUUGUGGAGGAUACUGAGAAGCCCUCUGAGAGAAUGUCUCCCAUCAGCAGUGGAAUUCCGUUGUGUGAGGAGGAUGUGGAACUUGAUGCAUCAGUAUCCCCUCAGAAGGAGGUAAACUCACACAUUACAGCACCGAAGGGAAAGAAAGCAAGGUUCGUGAUACCAAAGAGUGCCCAGGUGGACAGCGAGGUGCGCCGCGAGCUGCAGGAGCUCAUGGACGCGAGGGAGGCAGGCAUGUCCUUCAUCCUGGGGCACUCAUACAUGAAGGCGAAGAGCGGGUCGAGUUUCAUAAAGCGAAUCGUGAUCUUCUUCUACGAGUUCUUGAGAAAGAACAGCCGUGGUCCUUCAUACGCCGCUAGCAUACCUCAUGCCUCCACCCUGGAGGUAGGAAUGGUCUACCAAGUCUGAUAGCAGCUGUAUAAAGGUAGAGAUGAGACUGUGUCUCUCCACCUGUAUAUAUCCGCUUGUUGCCGAUACCGUUGACACAAUGACAGAAGUAGAGGCCCUGGAGCACAGCAUGGGCUAACAAAACAGCUGCAGAUCUUUGGAGAGCCCAACAGGAAGUGUGCAUUUUUGUCUGUAAAAAGCCUUUUGUUGUGCUGGUCGUUUGUUUUUGUUUUCCGACAUGUUUCUUCUUGAUGUUGAGGUACUUAUGAAGAUGUAAUUCUAAGUCUGUAAGAGUGACCAGCAAAAUAGCUUUUUUGAUGUUCA